CGGCAGUCAGUUGCCAUCGCGUUGUCCCGUCAAACGGCUGUGCGUCCUGGAGUGUCCCAGUGCCUGUCCUGAGCGGCUGCCGCAUACCUUGCUUGGUAAAUCGCAGGAAAAUCAAUACUAAUGAGCCAUUAAACGUGGCCUCAGCUGCAGUCGGCCGUAGUCUAAUGAGCUGAACGGCGGCGGAAAUUGAAUGUUGGCUCUAACCGAACGGCUGCAGCAGGAAAUCACAUCAGCAUCGCUUUCAGCCAUCUUCCCGCCGAACGGAAACGGCAGAUGUAGAGGUGAAAGUAGCGCUAAAACGGAAGUCUUAGGCGUAAUGCCUUGCGCCUGAAUGGUUGCGUAGCAUGGGCUGCUCCGGUUCCAAGUCCUCCGCCACCGAAGACGACACCAAAUCACCCAAGCCCGCUUCAGCCAAGUCCAGCAAACCUAAAAUGGCCGGCCAAAAGGAGUACCCUGCCUCGGAGGCCUUUACCAUUCCCUUGGAGAGCGAUGAUAGUACCGAAUUGCCGCUGAAUGAGACUUUGCGACAGCCGCCGAAGAGGAUUCAGCAGAUGAUGCAGGAGGCAGCCAGUGCGGAGCCACCCACCUUGGAGGAACUGGAGGACAAGCAGCUGAAGGCCGAGCAAAGACGCCAGGAGCUGAUGCAGCAGAAGCUGGAGAUCAUCCAGAAGAACGCCCAGAUGCUGAUGAGGAGUCCUGAGGAGCACCCGGCCGACGGCGAGGACGAGACCCCCGAAAAGGACUAAGCACAUAACUCUUUUUCAUUCACAUUUUUAUUGUUAGCUUUAAAUUAUAUAUGUAUUACUAUAUAUCGUAGUAUAUUUCCAAACAAUUAGAUUGUAUGCAAUUAAAUCUGCUCUCUUCGUCAAAACGCUGUCCACCUGCUCUUGCUCUGUGAUCUUCAAUCGGUAAUCAGUAAACAGUAAU